AUGGGCUGCUCUUCCAGCAAGGUGCAGGGCCGGAUUGCCCUCGACGACGGCCUCUACACGAGUGACCGUCGUGAAAGGGCACAAGAAAAGCUGCAGCAGGACCGGCUGGCCGGCACCGACACUUCUGACGUGGUCCUUCUGGGUACUCGCUCACAAGCUGUCGUGGACAGGAUUGACGAACUCCGCGACGAAACCUUCCAGGUCAUGCCUCACGCCGACCUACGGGUAGUACGCCGCACUCCAACGCCUGAGGGCGUGAUCGCUACCGUAUUCACGACUGGGGCUCUCACCGCCACCUUGCUGGACGUAUCUCUCGUGCCAGGUGAACUCGAGCAGUACUCGGGAUGUCUCAUGCAUGCCUUGGCGUUUGUCUUUUCGGUGGAUCUGGCUCGGUAUGAUGAACCCGAGUCCUCUCCGACCUCCGUAAAGGCCGCCCUCAAACAAUUCAAGAAGCUGUGCGACACGACAUGGUGCAUUCAUGGCACACCUAUUGUGCUACUCUUCGACAACGAAGACGCGUUUGCGCGAAAGCUGGCCAACGAGCCGCUGUGGAAGAGCUUCCCCUCAUACGAAGGACCUCGCGACUACUCGGAGGACUGGGUGGCCACGGCGCGGAACUGGAUAGCAGCGCGCUUCUACGAGCUCAAUAUGGACGCCAGCCGCAACAUGUACGGCCACUUCACGCAUAUGGACGACCCUGCCCUCGCCCGCGUUGUAUCCGCGUUCGUACAGGACAUCCUCAUACAGCACGCUCUCAUGCCACAUCAUGAUCACGAUCACGACCAUAGCCAUGGUCAUGGCCGCAGGUUCAGCCUGGGCUUUGGCAAUCGUCGAAAAACAUAA